AUGACCAGAUGGAGAGUUUGCAUGGACUACCAGAAGUUAAACAGUGCUACGUGCAAGGACCAUUUCUCUAUGCCUUUUAUUGAUCAAAUGCUUGAUCGGCUAGCAAGAAGGUCAUUCUAUUGCUUCAUGGAUGGAUAUUACAGAUAUAACCAAAUCAAUAUCGCAUUGGAAGAUCAAGAGAAGACGACAUUCACAUGCCCAUAUGGGACUUUUGCUUUUAGUCGUAUGUUAUUUGGGCUAUGCAACGCUCUGGCUACUUUCCAAUGGUGCAUGAUGUUAAUCUUCUCGGACAUGGUGGAAUAUUUCUUAGAGGUGUUUAUGGAUGAAUUCUCUGUAGUGGGUGAUUCCUUUGAGCAUUGUCUUGACAAUCUUAGGCAAGUGCUCAAAAGAUGUGAAGAACAAACCUUGUGCAAAUUGGGAGAAAUGUCACUUCAUGGUGGACGAGAGCAUGGUAUUAGGCCACAAAAUUUCCAAACAAGGCAUAGAGGUUGA